AUGCGACACAGCGACAGUCGGUCAGUUAGACUCAGUUGCAGAACUGUCAAGCUUUAUUACGUACAGUACACACCUCACCUUCGGUCUCCCACCGGGAAUGUCUACCAACCGAGGCUUGCCCGAGUGGUCGACUGUUCUUUCUCUGAGCAGUCAUCGUUGGCACAACUCAACAAAACUAUGCUUGACUUCAGUGGCCAAACAGUCGUCAUCACUGGUGCAGGAGGUGGAUUAGGCAAAGCAUAUGCACUCCUCUUUGGCUCAAGAGGCGCGAAUAUAGUCGUCAACGACUUCAAUAAGAACGCGGCAGAAAAGGUUGUGGAUGAAAUAACAAAAGGCAGGAAGACUGCUUCUGGAGGUAAAGCUGUCGUCAACUUUUCUUCAGCCACGGAUGGAGAGGCCGUCAUCAAGAGUGCUAUCGACGCUUUCGGAACAGUGACUAUCCUCAUAAACAAUGCUGGCUUUUUGAGGGACAAAGGUUUCAAGAAGAUGACCGAUGCAGAAUGGGACCAAAUAGUCGAGAUCCAUCUCAAAGCAGUAUUUGCUUGCACGAAAGCCGCUUGGCCUAUAUUCCGCCAGCAAAAGUUCGGACGCAUUGUAAAUACAGCCAGUGCGGCCGGUCUAUAUGGAAACUUUGGGCAAGCGAACUACAGUGCUGCAAAAAUGGGGCUUAUCGGCUUGACCAAGACUCUUGCUUUCGAAGGCGCAAAGUAUAACAUUCGCGCUGUAACCAUCGCCCCAAUUGCUGCGUCCCAGAUGACGGCGACCAUUAUGCCUCCAGAAAUGCUGGCAAAUCUCCAGCCUACCUUGGUGGCCCCAUUCGUGCUUGCCAUCUCCCACCCUGAUGGCCCUGCCGAUGCAUCUGGCAAGGUUUUCGAAGUCGGUGCUGGCUUCAUUGCAGAGGUGCAAUGGGAACGCAGUGCUGGUGCAAUUUUCAAGACAGAUUCCUCUUUUACCCCCUCCGCAGUCAAAGCCCGGUUUUCCGAGAUCGCAGACUUCAGCCAACCACAAUAUCCAAAAUCCUCUGUUGAUUUUGACGCUCAAGGUUUUGUUGAAAAAGCUUCAAAAGCCCCACCAAAUAAACAGGCGUCUUCAGCCGUGGAUUUCAAGGGAAAGACCGUCAUCAUCACUGGCGCCGGCUCCGGUCUUGGUCGCACCUAUGCUUUGAUGUAUACCCGGCUCGGUGCAAACGUCGUGGUCAAUGAUGUCAGCCCGAAGGCGGCCCAAGGCGUUGUCGAAGAGAUCGCUGCAGCUGGUGGGAAUGCAACUGCUGCUGUUUGUUCAGCGGAGGACGGCGACGCAAUCGUGAAGACCGCACUUGACAAAUACGGCUCCGUUCAUGUUCUCGUCGCAAACGCGGGUAUAUUAAGAGACAAGUCGUUCCAAACCGUGACGGAACAGGAAUGGGAUAUUGUCAUGAAUGUCCAUCUUCGAGCAACAUACAAGUGCGCAAAGGCGGUUUGGCCAGUCUUCCAAGAGCAGAAAUAUGGCCGAAUCAUAACUACCGCGUCGCAAGUGGGCAUGUAUGGCAACUUUGGUCAAGCAAAUUAUGCGACUGCUAAAUCAGGAAUCAUUGGGCUUAUGCGCACCCUCUCCAUCGAGGGCCGAAAAUACAAUAUCCUCGCAAACGCGAUUGCACCGUCAGCCGGAACCCCUAUGACCAAGGCGGUUUGGUCCCCAGAAGCUGUGGAGGCACUGAAGCCAGACUACAUUGCUCCUCUCGUCGGCUAUUUGACCAACAAUACUGAAACCACUGGGGCGGUGUUCGAGAUUCUCGGUGGCUGGGCUGCCCAAACACGAUGGCAACGGUCGGGCGGCCACAGCUUCCCUGUGAAGGGGAAAGCACCAUAUACUCCAGAAGACGUUAUCGCCAAGUGGAAGCAAAUAACUGUCUUCGAUCAUCGGGCAACCCAUCCAAGCACGACGGCUGAAGCGAUGGAACAGGUGAUGGCCAACUUCAGCAAUAGUGGGGAGCCUGUCCCCGCUAAAUUGUGA